AUGUUAAAAUCUUUUAAAGAUCUAGUUUUGAAAAAAACUAUUAAGAACUUUCGUUUUUUUUCUCAUUCAAAAUAUGUUCUACCAAAUCUUUCUUUUGAUUAUCAGGCAUUGGAACCAUAUCUUUCAGGAGAUUUAAUUGAGCUUCAUUAUAAUCAACAUCAUCGGGCAUAUGUUACAAAUUUAAAUAAGACGGUAGAAAAAUAUUAUGAGGAAAAUGAAUCAUCAUUAGACUCUUUUAUUAACCGCUUAAAUCUUUUAACAUCUAUAAAAUUUUUUGCAGGAGGUCAUAUUAAUCAUUCAUUAUAUUGGGAAAAUCUUCUUCCUAAUAAACAAGGAGGUGGACAAAUUAUUAAUGGACCUUUAGUAGAAGCUAUUAAAAAAGAAUGGAAAAGUGUCGAUGAAUUCAUUCGUAUAUUUAAUAUGCAAUUAGCGGGAAUUCAAGGAAGUGGAUGGGCUUGGCUCGUAAAAUCACCUUUUAGUCAACGUCUAAGUAUUCAAACAACAAUGAACCAAGAUGUUGUAACACAGGGUAAAGUUAUUCUUGGAAUCGACGCAUGGGAACAUUCAUACUAUAUUCAAUAUUUAAAUAAUAAAACAAAAUAUUUUGAAAAUAUAUGGAAUGUGGUCAAUUGGAAAGUCAUGAAUCAACGAUUUGAGCAAUAA